GUAAGAACAACAUUUUCAGAUGACGAUGCCUAUUCAAACUAUGCUUCCACCAUCGCUUCCAACCCUCCAACCUCUCCACCGGUAUUCCACCUGGUGCGGAAGUCUUCGAUGCAUGCUCCACGUGUGGAAGUUCCCAGUGGCGACCAUCUCAAAGUGGAUAUCUACAGUGUUGGAGUCAUCAUGGAGAGCAAG